AUGGCGAGUUCCAAAGACACGAAUGGUGUGAAUGGAGAGGGUGGACAGAUGGGAGAGGAGGAUCUGGCUAAGGUGUGGAAGGAUUUGAUGAAAGGCGAGAAAACAGCCAAUAUCCUAGAAUCAAACCUCACGUCGCUAGAGAAGAAAAUCGAUGAUUUGUUGGCGAGUUUCGAGGAGCAGGAGAAGAAUCUUGUCACUGAAUCAACGGGUACGGAUGGAAGUGAGAUGAGAGAGGGAAAGGGGAAGGUUGGCGAUGAAGGGGGUUUAGAUGGUACGGAGAAAGAGGGUGAGGUGGGGGGGGAGAAUGAUGGGAAGGAGAAGUAG